AUGCCCAGAACUUUGAGUCCACUUCAUGCCCUCUGGCUUCUAGAGUGGUUGCAGCUGCUCUUGGGACCUAGUGCUGUUCCUGCAGCCUGGGCCUUGAACCUGGACCCAGCAAGGCUCACCAUCUACACAGGCCCCAACGGCAGCCACUUUGGAUUUGCUCUGGACUUCUACAAGGACAGCCGCGGGAGCUUGGCCAUAAUAGUGGGUGCCCCGCAGAAUCUGGGCCGCAACCAGGAGAAGAUGGGCGGCGUGUUCCUGUGCCCGUGGAGGGCCGAGGGCGACCAGUGCAACUUGCUGCUCUUCGACCUAAACGAUGAAACCCGAAAAGUAGGCUUUCAAACUUUCCAAACCUUCAAGGCUCAGCAAGGACUGGGGGCGUCGGUCGUCAGCUGGAAGGACAGCAUUGUGGUGGGCAACGCACGACGGGGAGCAGAGAGUAGACGGGCAGGGGGGCGUGGAAGGGCGAGGGGAAGCGAGUCUUGCCCCUUCCCAAUCUCCUGUGGUCCACCCCAGGCCUGCGCCCCCUGGCAGCACUGGAAUGUCCUAGAAAAAAACGACGAGGCUGGGAAGACGCCCGUGGGUGGCUGCUUUGUGGCUCAGCUCCAGAACGGCAGCCGCGCAGAGUUCUCGCCCUGUCGGGACAACACCAUGAGCCGGACUUACGAGAAAAACGAAUUCGGUGAGCUCUCCUUUCGGUUCGGGCUCCGCCUCCUCGCGGCCACGGCGUCGGGGCUUCCUUUUCAGGCCGGAGAGCUGGUGCUUGGGGCGCCCGGAGGCUAUUUUUUCCUAGGUCUCCUGGCGCGGGCUCCUAUUGCCGACAUUGUCUCGAGUUACCCCCCUGGCACCCUCUUGUGGCACGUGUCCAGUCAGCACUUAACCUUUGACUCCAGCAACCCAGAAUACUUCGACGGCUACCGGGGAUACUCCGUGGCUGUGGGCGAGUUCGAUGGGGACUUAAACACUACAGAAUAUGUCUUUGGUGCCCCGACUUGGAGAUGGACCCUGGGAGCCGUGGAAAUUUUUGACUCAUCUGACCAGAGGCUACACCUGGUACAUGGAGAACAGAUGGCUUCGUACUUCGGGCACACGGUGGCCGUCAGUGAUGUCAAUGGAGAUGGGAGGCAUGACCUGCUGGUGGGCGCGCCCCUGUACAUGGAAAGCCGCGCUGACCGCAAGCUGGCCGAGGUGGGGCGCGUGUACCUGUACCUGCAGCCUCGAGGCCCCCACGUGCUGGGUGCCCCCAGCCUCCUGCUAACUGGAACACAGCUUUAUGGGCGAUUUGGCUCGGCCAUCGCGCCUCUGGGUGACCUCAACCGGGAUGGCUACAACGAUGUUGCCGUGGCUGCCCCCUAUGGGGGGCCCAGUGGCCGGGGCCAAGUGCUGGUGUUCCUGGGUCAGAGUGAGGGCCUCAACUCCCGGCCCUCCCAGGUCCUGGACAGCCCCUUCCCCUCAGGCUCUGGCUUCGGUUUCUCCCUGCGAGGUGCCACAGACAUCGAUGACAACGGCUACCCAGAUCUACUGGUGGGAGCUUACGGGGCCAGCAAGGUGGCCGUAUACCGAGCCCAGCCAGUGGUGAUGGCCACUGUCCAGCUGCUGGUGCAAGAUUCGCUGAAUCCUGCUGUGAAGAACUGUGUGCUGAGCCAGACCAAGACGCCAGUGAGCUGUUUUAACAUCCAAAUGUGUGUGGGAGCCACGGGCCAUAACAUUCCUCGCAAGCUGCGCGUAAGUGCCGAGCUGCAGCUGGACCGGCAGAAGCCCCGCCAGGGCCGCCGCGUGCUGCUGCUCAGCUCCCAGCAGGCGGCCACCACCCUGCGCCUGGACCUGGGCGGGAGGCACAGUCCCAUCUGCCACAACACCACUGCCUUCCUCCGAGAUGAAGCUGACUUCCGGGACAAGCUGAGUCCCAUCGUGCUCAGCCUCAAUGUGUCCCUCCAGCCUGAGGAAGAGGGAACAGCCCCCGGGCUCGUGCUGCAUGGAGACACCCAUGUCCAAGAACAGACCCGAAUCAUCCUGGACUGUGGGGAAGAUGACCUGUGUGUACCCCAGCUCGAGCUCACCGCCAGAGUGGCGGGCUCUCCACUCCUGAUUGGAGCCGAUAACGUGCUGGAGCUGCAGGUGGAAGCGGCCAACGACGGGGAGGGGGCCUACGAGGCCGAGCUGGCGGUGAACCUGCCCCCAGGAGCCCACUAUAUGCGGGCCCUCAGCGACAUGGAGGGCUUGGAGAGGCUUAUUUGUAACCAGAAGAAGGAGAACGAGACCAAGGUGGUGCUGUGCGAGCUGGGCAACCCCAUGGAGAAGAACGCCCAGAUAGGAAUUACCAUGCUGGUGAGUGUGGGGAACCUGGAGGAGGCUGGGGAGCACGUGUCCUUCAGGCUGCAGAUCAGGAGCAAGAACAGCCAGAAUCCAAACAGUGACACGCUGCUUCUGGAUGUGCCCGUCCGAGCCAAGGCCCACGUGGAGCUGCGAGGGAACUCUUUUCCAGCUUCUCUGGUGGUGGCAGCCGAAGGCAACAAGGAAAAUGGUUCUGACAGCUGGGGCCCCAAGGUGGAGCACACCUAUGAGCUCCACAACAACGGCCCUGGUACUGCCAGCGGCCUCCGCCUCAUCCUCCAGCUGCCAGGCCAGUCCCGGCCCUCGGACCUGCUCUACCUCCUGGAUAUACAGCCCCAGGGGGGGCUUCAGUGCUCCUCACAGCCCUCCCCUGACCCCCUCAAGCUGGACUGGAGGUUGCCCACGCCCAGCCCUUCCCCAGCCCACCCCCAUCACGAGCGGGAGCGCAGACAUGUGGCACCGCCCUGGCAGAAGCAGCCCUCGCGCUUUCAGGACCCCGUCCUGGUGAGCUGCGACUCGGCACCCUGUACUCUGGUGCAGUGUGAGCUGCAGGAGAUGGCGCGGGGGCAGCGGGCCAUCGUCACCGUGCUGGCGCUGCUGUGGCUGCCCCCCCUCCACCAGAGACCCCUGGAUCAAUUUGUGCUGCAGUCACGUGCCUGGUUCAACGUCUCCUCCCUCCCCUACCCGGUGCCAGCCCUCAGCCUGCCCAGAGGGGAUGCGCUGGUCCAGACUCAGCUGCUUAGGGCCUUGGAGGAGAGGGAUAUUCCCAUCUGGUGGGUGCUGGUCGGCGUGCUGGGAGGCCUGCUGCUGCUCACGCUCCUGGUCCUGGCCAUGCGGAAGGCCGGCUUCUUCAAACGGAAUCGGCCACCCCUGGAAGACGAGGAUGAAGAGGAGUGAGGUAUAGCCAGCCUGCCCUUACUGAGGGCGUGAGGGCCCGCCCUGCCCCUUGCACUCCGUGGAGGCCUCUGAUGCCCCCCAACAGAGCUGGGCCCCCUCUUGACAGUUGCCUAAUAAAGUGACUAAUCCCCACACUCGCCUGCUGCCUCCUCCUGGGGUCAGAGGAGACCUGUGGAGCAGGGGUCUAGCUGC